AUGGCUAGUGCUGAGUCAAAACCCCGUAUGGGUCUCAUCAUUGAUACGAAACCUGACUACUAUCCAAUCGAGCUAUCUAACGCAGAACUGCUUUCUCAUUUUGAGAUGUUGCAAGAGUACCACCAAGAAAUUUCCACAAAUGUUAUUGCUCAGUCCUGUAAGUUUAAACCCAAUCCAAAACUUAUAGACCAACAGCCUGAAAUGAACCCCAUCGACACAAGAUCCAACAUCAUCACUUUUUUAUUCGAGCUAUCUGUGGUAACUCGAGUUACGAAUGGCAUUUUUUUCCAUGCUGUUAGAUUAUACGAUCGGUACUGCUCUAAAAGAAUUGUGUUACGGGACCAAGCCAAAUUGGUUGUGGCAACUUGUCUCUGGUUGGCUGCCAAAACGUGGGGCGGUUGUAACCACAUCAUCAAUAAUGUGGUCAUCCCCACUGGUGGGAGAUUUUAUGGCCCUAACCCAAGAGCCCGUAUACCUCGUCUCUCUGAAUUGGUUCAUUACUGUGGCGAUGGACAGGUCUUCGAUGAAUCAAUGUUUCUACAAAUGGAAAGGCAUAUUUUAGAUACUUUGAAUUGGCAUAUUUAUGAGCCAAUGAUCAAUGAUUAUGUUUUAAAUGUGGAUGAAAAUUGUUUGAUGCAAUACGAACUUUAUGAGAACCAAGUGACUUAUAACAAACAAUGGUCUGAGAAACGCCAAUCCCAGUUAUCACAAGAUAGUGAUGCCACCGUAGAUGAAAGGCCUUACCAAAACGAAGAGGAAGAGGAAGAGGAAGACUUGAAGUCGAAGAUCAAAUUGAUUAACAUAAAAAAAUUUUUAAUCGAUGCCUCCGCUUGGCAGUACGAUUUGCUCAAGUAUGAACUUUUUGAAGUUUCGCAUGGUAUAUUCUCACUCAUCAACCAAUUCACUAAUCAAGACCACGGCCCCUUUUUAAUGACUCCAAUGACACCAGAAAACAAAAACGCUGAAAUUUUGAGUGCUUUGAUGAACGGCAUCGUUUCCAUUCCUAAAUCCCUCGUGGAAGUGUACAAAACAGUUAGCGGUGUUCUGCCUUUCAUUAAUCAAGUGAAGGAAUAUCAAUUGGAUCUACAAAGAAAAAUACAAAUUGCAUCCAACUUGAAACUAUCAAGGAAGCUUACUAUAUCAACCCCAUCAUGUUCUUUUGAACAUUCAAGCACGACGUCGAUUCCUUCACCUACCUAUUCAUCUCAAAGCCACACACCAAUGAGAAACAUGAGCUCACUUUCAGAUAACAGUGUUUUCAGCCGGAAUAUGGAGCAAUCAUCUCCAAUUACACCAAAUAUGUACCAAUUUAGUCAACAUCAGUCAGGAAGCGUAUGUGGUAGUACCGUCAGCGUAAACAGCUUGAUGAAUACAAAAAACAAUCAAAGAAUUUAUGAAAAAAUUGGGGGUCAUAAAAGUAACAAUGCAAUCAAUGAUUAUAUUGAUUUAUUGAACAUCAGUGAGUCUAAUAAGGAAAACCAAAACCCUGCAACAGCGCACUACCUCAAUGGGGGGCCACCCAAGACAAAUUUCAUUAAUCAAGGAAUAUUUCCUUCACCCACAGGCACUAUAAAUAGUGGUAAUUCAAGCAGUGCUUCCUCACUAAUUUCUUUUGGUAUAGGAAAUACCCAAAUAGUAUAG